AUUGACUCAGCUGCAUGUGCACGUCUGUGAAGUCUCAUUCUAAACCCUCAGAUGAGUCAUUUCACCAGAGAGAGUCGAGCAGCCGGAUGACACCAGAGACUGACUUCCCUUCACCAUCACAGGAGUCCUGCUGCAACACGAGACACACAGACCCAGAGAGCUUAUCACCACCAUCCUCCUCAUCCUCUUCCUCCUCCUCCUCCUCCUCCUCCUCACCAGCAGCAGCAGCAGCAGCAGCAUGUCGGUACCUCUGGCGCGAGAUGCAGCAUCCCCCCUCCAGCUAUGCAGGAUCAUGCGGCCGGACGACGCCAACAUUGUGGGCAACGUCCACGGCGGCAUCAUCCUCAGGAUGAUCGAGGAAGCCGGAUGCAUCGUCGGCACACGACACUGCAACACACAGAACGGGGACCGCUGUUUGGCAGCUCUGGUUCGGGUGGAGAAGACAGAGUUCCUGUUCCCCAUGUUCAUCGGCGAAGUCGCCCAUGUCACCGCCGAGAUCACGUACGCCUCCAAGCACUCGCUGGAGGUGCAGGUCAAGGUCACGGCUGAGAACAUCCUCACAGGUGCCAAGAAGCUGGCCAACAAGGCGGCGCUGUGGUACGUCCCCUGCUCUCUGAAGAAUGUCGACAAGGUCAUGGAUGUGCCGCCCAUCAAGUAUGCCAGUGCAGAACAAGAGGAGCAGGGCAGGAAGCGCUACGAGGCUCAGAAGAUGGAGAGACUGGAGACCAAAGCGAGGAUUGAAACGGUGGUUUCUCCUCCAGCCAACCCAGAGGAUCCACCAAAAGAGCAACACACAGUUGGUUCCAGCCAGUCCAGUCUGAUCCAUCUGGUGGGCCCCUCUGACUGCACGCUACACAACUACGUUCAUGGCGGCGUGACCAUGAAGCUGAUGGAUGAGGUCGCCGGCAUCGUGGCAGCUCGCCACUGCAACACCAACAUCGUAACUGCCUCUGUGGAUGCCAUCAACUUCCAUCGCAAGAUCAACAAAGGCUGUGUGGUGACGGUGACAGGGCGGCUCACGUUCGUCAGUAACAAGUCUAUGGAGAUCGAAGUGUUGGUGGAUGUUUCCUCGCUGAUGGAGGUGGAGAAAAUUCGCGCCGUCUCGGCCUUUUUCACCUUCAUCUCCCUGGACAAGGACAACAAGCCUCUGCCUGUUCCCCCUCUUAAGAUUGACGGCGAGGAAGAGCAGAGACGUUUCGAGGAGGGCAAUGCUCGCUACCUCCAGAAUAAAGCGAAGAGACUCUCCGAGAAGGAGCGCCAGCAGUGACGCCGCCGCAACAACAACAACAACAACAACAGUAUAUCAACCCCAAUACAACACAUUACAUCCAGUAUGAAGGAAAUAAAACCUGUUCUCUAACUGUAGCUUACUGUUACACCUCAACCUGUGAUGACUUCAUUUUCCUGUACUAUGCUCCAAAGUGUCCACAUAUAUGUAUUUAAAAGUAAGAGUACAUAUUUAUUUUGGUGAUAUUUUUAUUGAUGUAUGAAGACGGUUCACGAUCGCGGUCUGACUGUAGAAGUACUAUUUUAUUUUAAGAAUAUUUUUAAGUAUGAAGACAAAGCGAAAGUCUGAGCGCCAAGGAAAAUGAUGAAUAAGUGAGUGAAUAAUAAUGAAUAAAAGAUCCAAGUGUGA